GUGCGCACGUUUUGGGACCGUGGACGAAUUUUCUCGAUUACGAGUCCCCGGGAUGCAAGGCUGACAUGGCAGAGGGUUCGGCCGAGGAGGAACAGAGCAGUACCGCUGCGCCCGCUUCCCCGCCAGCUGAUCUUCGCACUCUGAACACCCAAUUGUCGCCGCCUUAUCACUACCAGUCCCAUCUCGUACCUCCUCUUCAGCAUCUGCAGCAUCCCAACAUGUUGGCGACCGCCGUGCCGCCCAGGCACAGCCACAGUAUGCUGUCUCAUCAGGGGAAAACGGAUGCCGAGUUGGACGCGCCCUGCGACGUGCCAUUGAAUCUGAAGAGCGAGGUGCUGCAACAGUGCGACGAACAUCUUGCAAUACGUUGGUGGGCGGAUUUACAAGCACAACCGGCGUCGGCAUCAUCCACCGACAGCGACAGGAGUAGCGUUGGCAGCCCUGAACUGGUGGCGGCCGCCACGGGCUCGCUCCACGAGCAUCAAAUAAUGAUGGACGAGAUGAAGAACUCGCGGAAGAAUAGUCCGUCACCUGAGAAUCUGCAUCUGGCGAGACGGGCGGCUAUGGCGCAAGCGCAGCUCAAUGGCAUGAUGGCAGACACGGUGACCCUGCAGAAUCUUCAGAAUCUGGCGCAUAUACGAAACCUACCGCAAGUCGCGUCGCUGGCCGCGGGUCUCCAGGGACUGACUAACAAUCAGCUCAUCAACACGCCCCUGAAUCUCACUGUCAGCUCCUCCGCCAAUGAAUCUUCAUGUUCAGGUCGCACAGUACCUACAGCCUCCAACACGACAACUGCACCUCAUCUACUACCGCCGAGUACGACGUCAAUGACGACAUUACCUCAGCUAUUAUCUCAGCCGCAACCGGUUGCGAUGCCUCAAUUCAUCCUAGCGUCCGGUCAAUUGGUCCAAGGCAUUCAAGGGGCUCAGCUUCUUAUCCCUACGUCGCAAGGAAUCGUCACGCAAACUAUCCUGACUAUGCCCGUCAGUCUUGUCACGAAUAAUCAAAUGGUGAACCUGGCGCUGAACAGCGGCCAAGUGGUGUCUACGACCGUGGCGAACCUUCAGUCUAUCCCUCAGCCGCAAAACGUGUUGAAUACGUCGCCUAGCAACGGCGAAUUCACAGUUCCAACAAGUCCCAGCUUAGCGACCGGAUUAGGAAUAAGUCCCGCCGCCUUGCCACACCUUCUGAACAACAGCUCGGCCAGCCAGCAACUUCUGAACGCGAUGCAGCCUCAGCAACUGCUUCAGGCCGCGCAACCUCAGCAGCAAGGGCAUCGACACAGCUCUCACAUGAAUCAUUACACGCCGACGGAGAAGCAUCACAGAGAGAGGCCCGAGCAAUCGUCGCCUUUGAACGAGUCCGUGGCAUCCGCAGCAUCGGCUCUGAACAGACUGGCAGCCAGCAACGGAGAAAUCACGAUCACGACCACGCACGCACCCAGUGGAGCCGGUGUGAAGGCCUCGCCGAGCAGCAUGCACAAUCCCGUAAAGGAGGAGGAGGAUCUGAAUGAUUCGUCUAAUCAGGUGAUAAGUAACGACGCCACGAACAUUAAUCUGGACGAGAUCAAGGAGUUCGCGAAGGUGUUCAAGUUUCGCAGAUUGUCGCUGGGUCUGACGCAGACACAGGUGGGACAGGCCCUGAGCGUGACAGAGGGGCCAGCUUACAGCCAAAGUGCCAUAUGCAGUGCCCUGGCUACCCAGAUGUAUGCCUCGCAGAUUGCCUCUCAGCAGCAAGCUACAUUCGAAAAGUUGGACAUCACGCCAAAGAGCGCGCAAAAGAUAAAACCAGUCCUCGAAAGGUGGAUGAAAACGGCUGAAGAGAGGCAAAAUAACGGGCUACAGCUGACGGAUCUGAUCGGGGUGGAAACGAGCAAGAAACGGAAGCGACGAACUUCCUUCACGCCGCAGGCUUUGGAAAUGCUGAACGCUCACUUCAACAGAAACACUCAUCCUAAUGGUAACGAAAUCACGAACCUGGCGCAGUGUCUCGGCUACGACCGAGAAGUGAUCAGGAUUUGGUUCUGCAACAAGAGGCAAUCGCAGAAGAACGCGGAUAGGAUGUUAGCGAAGGACGUGAAAUAGACGUGGGCAGAGAUUUAUCGCGAAUGGAACCAGUGACGAAGAAAGCACAUAGAAGAGGCGAGAAAUGAAGAAAAGCUUUAAGGACUCGAGUUUACGUUGCACGGAUGUAUUCCACGAGAUUCGAAUCGAUCGCCACGCCGAAGCCAGGGACAAAUCGAUGAAUUUCGCAUGAAUGGGGAUUUUAAAUGCUGAGACGGUGGGCGGGCGGGGUGCAGGGGAAGGAUCACCGAAUCUCGGCGUCGCGUUAAUAAAAUAAUUCCGACAAAUCAGCGCGUUCGAAAAGAAUCGACUUUAAAAAGUCAUGUUCCACGAGGUCAGCCAGCGGGGCCAUGAAUUUUUAAAGCCGCGCUCUCGACGAUCGAUGUAAAGAUCAUUGUGAUUG